AUGGAGGGCUUGUAUUUCAACAUCAACAACGGCUACGUUGAGGCUCUCGUUCGAGGCUACCAGUCUGGUCUGCUCAAGUCCAGCAACUACACCAACCUCACCCAGUGUGACUCGCUGGAGGACUUCAAGACCCAACUGUCGUCCACCGAGUACGGCAACUUUCUGUCCAAUGUGCCCUCACCCAUCUCUACAUCGACAAUCCAGGAGAAGGCCGCGGCCAAGCUGAUUGCCGAGUUUCGAUAUGUGCGUGCUCAGAGCGUGGAGCCCAUGACCAAGUUCAUGGACUACAUUUCCUAUGGAUAUAUGAUUGAUAACGUUGCUCUGCUCAUCAAUGGAGCUCUUCACGAGAGAGACAACACCGAGAUGCUGGAGCGAUGCCACCCUCUGGGAUGGUUCGACACCCUGCCCACUCUGUCUGUGGCCACUGAUGUGGAAUCUCUCUACGACACUGUGCUUGUUGACACUCCUCUGGCCCCCUACUUCAAGGACUGCUUCCAGGGUGGCGUGCAUGAGCUGGAUGAGCUCAACAUUGAAAUCAUCCGAAACCGGCUGUACAAGGCUUACCUCGAGGACUUUUACAACUUCAGCAUGACCUUGCCAAGCCCCUCUGACCAGAUUAUGAAGCAGCUGCUCGAUUUUGAGGCGGACCGACGAUCCAUCAACAUUGCCCUCAACUCCUUUGGCUCUGGUCUGUCUUCCUCCGAUCGACUGUCCCUUAUGCCCCAGUUUGGCCAGUUGUACCCCGUUGGAACCGAGGCUCUGUCUCGAGCUGAAGACGUGGAGCAGGUCCGAGCCAUCAUCGACGGUCUGUCUGACUACAAGGGUGUGUUUGACACCACGGACAACAAGUCGCUGGCCGACCACUUUUACAAGCGGGAGAUGGACAUGUGCAAGAUGGCCUUCACACAGCAGUUUACUUACUCCACCAUCUGGGCCUGGAUUAAAACCAGAGAGCAGGAGGUGCGAAAUAUCACCUGGAUUGCAGAGUGCAUUGCCCAGAAUCAAAAGGACCGAAUCAACAACUACAUUAGUGUCUUUUAG